AUGUUUUGGCCAGAUCUUGCUUUAUUAUGCGAGAAUCACAAGGUAUUGGUAUGGAGCCAACUUCAACUUUGUACCAAAAGUGGAAAAUCCCCACAACUUAGCCCCAGGCCCGCAAUAUUGACCCGGAAAGCCUACAAUAACAGAUUGGAAGCACAAAAUCAAGAACAACUCCGACCUCGUAUAUCGGAAAAAAUCAGGGAAAUCAACGCUGGGGUUGUCCAAAGAAUGAUGCAACGCGUCAGGGGAAAACUUAUGCAGAUCGAAGAUAAUGGUCCCUUAUCGAUUAUUCGAACUUUAGGUGGUAAUAAAAAUAGUUAA